AUGGGUGCCCGCUACACUGGAAAGAUGAUACAGAAGCUGACGUUAUCUCUACUUCCCCUUCGCACUAGUACAUUGAGCGGCAGCGCUGGAGUGAAGAAGAAAGUGGAGCAGGAACUCGAGACGGGAGAAUUGCAGCUGCGUGUGUCUGAUGAGAAGGCCAAGACUGCGCUGGAGAACAAGAUUUCCGUUGAGAUCGAAGGCGCUGCUACUAUAAUUAAUCAUACGCUCGGCGCCACGUUGUUUCACGAG